AUGAUGCAAUUAGUCAUUCCCGGCCAAGUGAUUGCGUCUUCUUCUAUUGAAGGAGGAGGAGAAAGCAAAGAUGAAAACUCAUUUCUACGAGGGCACGGCACUUACGUGGAACGCGUUGAAAGUGAAGAACGCUUGAUUGCCAGUGUUUGUGGAACUGUGCAACGAAUGAACAAACUCAUUACCGUAAUUCCGUUUUGCGAGUCUAGGUAUGCAGGAAAUGUGGGAGAUUUGGUAGUGGGAAGAGUCACCUCUGUCGCAACUUCUCAAUGGACGAUUUCGUUGGUGAGCCAACAACGAGAUGCCCGAUUGCCUCUCAGUGGAGUUCAUCUUCCGGGUGGCGCCCAGCGUGUCCGAACAGCACAAGAUCAACGGGAUAUGAGGUUGUUUCUACAAGAAGGUGAUUUGAUAUGUGCGGAAGUUCACAAGGUACAGCCCAGUGAUGGAUCUCUCAGUCUGCACACACGAUCCUUUCGGUAUUCCAAAUUGGAAAAUGGAUCCUUGGUACAAGUGCCACCAUCCUUGAUUCCAAGACGAAAGAACCAUUACAUGAGCAUGAUUAAUAAUACUCUGGAUGUUUUGUGGGGUACCAACGGAAAUAUUUGGAUUCAGCGCAAACUCAAAGAGCUCGGCGGUGAAGAGGCCAACAAUCUAGCAGACUUGCAAGAACAAUUGCGUCAAGAACACGCCUCGACGCCCGUAUUACCUGACGAACGUCAAUCGAUUGCUCGGCUACGGAAUGCGAUUGAAUCUUUGCGACUGGUUCAUUCGAUGGUCACUCCAGAAUUUGCCGAAGAGAUCUACAACCGAAGUGUGACCUUUGGACUGUCGCCAUCUCAAAUACUACUACCGCAAAAUGUGGUUUCUCUUACGGAAAUUUGCAGACAAUGA